AUGCUGAAACCAAUUGGGAUAAAGGAUAAAAUUCAAAGGAAUCUACUAAAAGAUGCAAAGUAUGAUGAUGAAAAAUCUUCUGUAAAUCCACACGAAGGAGACAAGGCAAGCAUUUUGCAAGAAACUAGAGUGUUCUCAAGCUAUCCCUUAAAUACACAAAAAUGCAUGCAGAUAUUGACAAAAAUAUUAUAUUUGAUAAAUAAAGGGGAGGAGAACUUAACAUCACAAGAAUGUACAGAUAUAUUUUUUAGUAUUACAAAAUUAUUUCAAUCAAAUAAUGAAAGGUUAAGGAGAAUGGUAUACUUGUUAAUUAAAAGUUUACCAGUAAAUGAAAAAGAAGUUUUUAUUGUAACCAGCUCAUUAACUAAGGAUAUGAACUCAGCAAAUGAUUGUUAUAGGGCAAAUGCUAUUAGGGUAUUAAGUAAAAUAAUAGAUUAUUCAAUGGCAGCACAAAUUGAACGAUAUUUAAAAACAGCCAUAGUAGAUAAAAAUUCCUUCGUUUCAUGUUCUUCUUUAUUAUGUGGAUUAAAUCUAUAUUUUAAUGCAUCUUGUGAUAUUGUAAAAAAAUGGAUUCACGAAGUCACUGAAUGUAUAAAUAGUAAAAAUUCAAUGAUUCAAUUCCAUGCCUUAACAUUAUUAUGUUCCAUUAAAUAUCAAGACAAAUUGGCCCUUGAAAAAAUCAUUUCUUCUUAUAAUAAAACUACAAGUAAUUUAUCUGGAUCUCUAGCCAACUGUCUCUUAAUCAAGUAUGCUUCUUAUUUGAUAUACACCACUGAGAUGGAAAGUGAAUUGGGGAAUUUUAAGAAAAAUACUACAUGCCCUUCUACAAAUGCUGUUACAAAUCAGAUGGGGAGUUAUAUUGGUGCAUAUUAUUCUUCAUCUUCUUCUUCUCCAUCGAAUGUAAUGUCUCAUACACGUACUCAAGAUAUCUACAAUAUACAAGACUAUCCAACAAACAAAGGAAACUUUCUAAUUCAUCCAACAACAAAAGUCUGCUUCGAUUAUUUAAAGAAUUGUCUAAAAAGCAAAGAUCCCAUGAUUCUUUUUGAAUGUAUAAAAUGUAUUUUCGAAUUAAUUGAACAUGACAAAGGAGCGAAAAAUUCAACAACAGUAUUCAAUGUAGACAUACUAAAUGAGUGUAUGAAAGUAUGUCAACUUUUUUUAUUAUCUUCCAAAGUAGUAGACAAGUUUAGCAUAAUCAGACAAAUAAAUAAACUGGCACAUUACAGACCACAGGUUGCAUCUAAAAUUAAUCAAGAUAUAGAAAAUUUACUAACAGACAGUAACAAAAGUAUAUGUGUCCUAGCAUUCACUACUUUACUUAAAACUGGAAAUGAAUCCAAUAUAGAUCAACUAUUAGGACAAAUUAAUAAUUACAUGAGUGGAGAUAACACCUUUUUCAAAAUGCAAAUUAUAGAAGAAUUAAAAAACCUAUGUUUCAUUUAUCCAACCAAAUGUAACAUCAUCUUGGACUUUUUAGCAAACAAUCUAAGAGAUGAAGAGUCAUAUCAAUUUAAAUCAAACACAAUAGAUGCAAUCGUUUUAAUAAUUACUCAAAUACCAAAUUCGGAAGAAACAGCCAUAUUACAACUCUGUGAAUUUAUAGAAGAUUGUGAAUAUAAUUCCUUGCUUCUAAGAGUUAUAAGAUUCCUACUUGUACAUAUACCCAAAACGAAAAACCCUUCUAAAUAUAUAAGAUAUAUUUAUAAUAGAUUAAUUCUUGAAAAUUCAACAAUACGAGUUGAUGGAAUGCAUGCAUUAUUUUACAUUGCUUUAAAAUGUGGAAACAAUUCAAAAGAUAUUUUAUUUCUCCUAAAUUGUCUCUUAGCUGACAACGAUGAUGAGGUUAGAGAUCGCACGAACUUUUUCUAUCACAUAUUGAAGGAAAAAAUAAAGCACUUGGAAUUACAAAGUAAAAAAGCGGAUGAAAUUAUUAAUAAUAAUAAUAUUCAGCAGCAUCCGCAUCGGCAUGAUGGUAUUAAUUCUGAAGAAGUUUCAUCAAACAUCGAUAUAAACACGAAUCAAUCCAAAAAUACAGAUUCCCCAACUAAUGCACCUCUAAUCGAUGAACUUCUAACUAAUGAAAAACCUGCACAUAUAGAAAAUAUCCUCCAUCUGAUUAAAAAUCAUAUAGAAAAUAAUAUAACGGAAGAAUUUGAUUACGAACAUGCAAAGGAAGAAAUAAAAAAAUUGGGAGACAAUAACACUUUCAACGAUGCAGUAUCUUCUCCUGCUUCCUCUACCUUUUUGAAUAGAAAAGGUUCCAGUGCAGAAUUGUACACUAAUAACACUCUAAAUGGCACAAAAUUACCUGAACAAAAUUUAGAUUAUAUGUUUUUAGAAAAUAUAUCUGCAUUUAUAGAAAAGUACAACAUGGGUACAUUAAAGAUUGUAGGAAAAUCAAUAGCACUAACAGAAAGUGAAGCUGAGUAUACAGUCUUCGCUAAAAAGUAUAUAUAUGAUAAUCACAUUUUACUAGAAUUCACAAUACAAAAUACAUUAAGUGAACAUAUACUCUCAGACAUAACAUUGCAAAUAAAUUCAUAUGAUAACAAGUGGUCUAUUUUAGAAAAAACGACAAUUCAAAAUUUAUAUUUCAACGCACCCCAAAAUUUAUAUGUACUCUUAGAAAGAAACAACAUCACACACACAGCAGAAGUACAAAGUAAUAGUAACAACUAUAUAGUUAAUCAAACAUUUCAACUAUCUUUAUAUUUCUUGACCAAAGAAAACGAAAUAGAUGAUGGGUUCCCUGAUUCUUAUUCCAUUAAUCCGUUAAGUAUACAAAUCACUGAUUUUAUCAGUCCUCGAAUUUUGAGAACUGGCGAAUUUAAACAUCUCUGGGAUACUAUGGAAAACUCGAAUUCAGAAUCUGUUAGCAAAUUUAGUUUAAAUUUUGAAAAUAUACAGCUAGCUGUCGUGGGAUUAUUAAACACAUUAAAUAUGAUGGCCUGUGAAGAAACAGAUGUAGUAGAAGCGAACACAACCAACCACAACAUGCUACUAUCUGCCAAAUUUUGCAAUGAGUCUAAUAUCCUUUGCAAAGCUUCUCUAAUUCUUUCGCAGCAGUAUGGUUGCUUAUUGAAAAUUGUGUGUCGAUCAUGUCAUAAGCAGUUAUCCGAUACUGUUUUGAAAUCCCUAGAGUAG